AUGUCUAUUUGGCUUUAUUUGUUCUUCAUUGCGUUCUUAUUCAACAGCUCUGUCGCAGAAGAAACUAUAAAGAAUGACUUGGACAAAAACCAACAGGCAGCACCACCAGCUUUUGACAAGGAGCCAAGCUUGGAGAGCACAACAAGAAAAACCAAAUUAGAUAUUUCGUUCUAUCAUGGAUUCUUUGCUUCUCUAUCGGUCAUCAUUGUCAGUGAGCUUGGUGACAAGACAUGGUUUAUUGCCAUUAUUAUGUCGAUGAAACAUUCGCGGCUCACAGUCUUCAGUGGUGCAAUCGCAGCUUUAGCAUUAAUGACUGUUUUAUCAGCUUGUCUGGGAUGGAUCACGCAAUUGAUUCCACGUGCUAUCACAUAUUACAUCUCCACAUUGUUGUUUGCGCUUUUUGGCUUGAAGAUGCUCCAUGAAGGUUAUCACAUGCGUGCUUCAAAUGGUACAGAAGGAUAUGAUGAAGCGCAGGAAGAAGUUGCUAAAAGAGAGUUGGAUAUGGAUUCGUCAAAAUUUUCUGAUAUGGAAAGUGGAUCUUCAAAGAAUAACACAAGUUCGCCGUGGGUGAUCUUUUCAUUUGUAUCGCGAAUCUUUCUCGAAGCUUUCACUUUGACGUUCUUAGCAGAGUGGGGUGACCGUUCUCAGCUCACCACGAUAAUUUUGGCAGCAAGGGAAAACAUUCCUGGUGUGAUUAUUGGAGGAAUUUUGGGCCAUGCUAUUUGUACCGGAAUAGCAGUUUUGGGAGGCAAGCUUGUUGCUCAACGAAUUUCAAUCAGAACGGUGACUCUUAUUGGUGGCGUUGUCUUCUUAAUCUUUGCCCUCUCAGCAUUGUUCAUCCAAGACGAUGAGCCAGCUCCACUCGAUAUCUCUACUUUA